UGUUGUUUCGCUGGUUCCGCGUUGAAACGCCAAAGAAAAAAAAACGAAAUAGCGAGCUGCACUGCGAGUUGUUGCAUCUCCCCCGUCUCAUCCCGUUCCCGUUUGCGGCUAGCAGCAGCAGCAGCACAAGCAAGUCGCCGGGCGCGCGCCACACGAUCAACCCCACCGGAAACAGCAACCGGAGACCGGAGCAUCCGAAGCGGAGUGAGUGUUUUUUUUUUGGGAAGCUUAGAAAAGAGAGAGAGAGCGAGUCCAGCAACAACAACAAUACCACGCAAAACAGAAAAAAAACAAACAGUGGCAGUGAGAGAGAGAGAGAGAGUGUGUGUUUCCGGUCCCGGUGUCUCAUUGUGCAUGUGUCCUCGCGUGUCCUUGUGGUGUGCUUGUGUUGUGUGUGUUUUUCGUGUUGUGUUUUCCCUUGCGGUGUCAGUCGCUGGUGAAGCAGAAGCGGCACGCAACCACUGCUGCUAGGGAAGUGACGGGGUCCGGACGUGUGAGAAAAGUGUGUGUGCCGCCCGCCAGGACGAGGGGGCGAGAGGCGAGCAGCCCUUCAGCAGCACGCCAGCAGCCGCCGCCUCCCCCCAAACAAAACGGCCCAACACCGCAACAAUCAAAACCCACAACCUCAGCUCCCACCAAACGCAAUAGGGGUUGACGAAGAAGGAUAAGAAGCAGAAGAGGGAAGGAACAAGAAAAAAAAAGCAGCAGCAGCAAGCAGUAGCAGUGGCAGCAGCGCCAGUGUCCCGAGAGCGCCAUGUCGGACACCAGCUAGAAGGGAAAAGCAAGGCAGGGGAACGCACCACCUGAACGGCCUUGUCGCGAGCAGCGAGAACGUCAAACGUCGUGUUCUACGUGGGGGAAGAAAAGAAAAGAAAUCAAACCUUACCGUGUUUGUUUACUAUUUGGUGAUCCCGAAAAAGGCACAGUGUCAGAGAACGAGUUGUAGCGAGAGAGAGAGAGAGAGCGAGAGAGAAAAGAAAGGGAGCGAAAGGAAGGUUGGUGGUUGGCACCGGGAGACGAUGAAACAGAUCAAUGUGUCCGUCGUGGGUCUCUCCGGGGUCGAGAAGGACAAGGGGCAGCUCGGUGUCGGCAAGUCCUGUCUCUGCAAUCGGUUCGUCCGUCCGAAAACCGACGACUACGCCAUCGAUCACAUCUCCGUGCUGAGUCAGUCGGACUUUAGUGGUCGGGUGGUGAACAAUGAUCACUUCCUGUACUGGGGCGAGGCACGCAAAACGUCCGACGAGGGCGUCGAGUACAACUUUAGCGUGGUGGAGCAGACGGAGUUUGUGGACGAUGCCACCUUCCAGCCGUUCAAGGUGGGCAAGAUGGAACCGUACAUCAAGCGGUGCGCGGCGGUCCGGCUGUCGUCGCAGGAGAAGCUCAAGUACAUCUGCAAGAACCAGCUCGGGAUCGAGCACGAGUACGAGGAGGUGGUGCUGCCGGAGGGCCGCUUCCUGGUGGACGGGUUCGUGUGCGUGUUCGACGUGAGCGUCGUGCCGAACCGGCCGCUCGAGAGGCAGGUCGAGUUUGUGACGCAGAUCAUUGCGAGCGUGAUGAAGAACAAGAAACCGGUCGUGCUGGUGACGACGAAGAACGAUGACGCGAGCGAACAGUACGUGCGGGAGGCGGAGAAGAUUUGCGCCCGGAAGGAGUACAAGGGCCAGGUGCUGCUGGUCGAAACGUCCGCGCACGAGAGCAUCAACAUCGAUCUGGCGUUCGUCGUGCUGGCGCAGCUGAUCGACAAGGCGAAGCAACGGUCGAAGAUCCCGUCGUACGGUGAGGCCGCGCGCCAGCGGACCGAACUGCUCAACGCUAGCACCGAGUACGUGACGCGCCUGAUCCGGACCCAGAUCACCGACCACCGGUCCCUGUGGACGAGCUCGUCGAAGAAGCUGGCGAGCCACCGGGAGUGGAGCGAUUUUCUCGAGCUGUUCGGGCAGGAGGCGGGCCAGCGGAUCUUCCGGCGGCACCUGAAGAAACUGCGCGAAGACUACCAGGCGAAGAAGCUGCAGAGCUACAUGGACUCGUUUGCGGGCGUACUGCAGGAGCUGCUGCCGGACAUUAACAGCAUUAACCUGGAGCUCGACAGCUUCGGUGACUGGCCGUCGAUCCGGGGCUACUUCCGGAACCAUCUCGAGCACGAACAGUACUUUUUCGAUGCGGUCGAGCGGGGUGGCAGCUGGGCGGAGCUGAGCGAUAUGAGCGAUAUGGAGGACGAGCACCGGAUACCGUUUGACAUACUCGAUACGCCCGACGCCGAGACGGUCUUCAAGAAUCACAUGAACGCGCUGCAGCAGGAACAGAAGCGACUAGAAUGGAAGAAGCAGUUCAAGAAGCUACUGGAAGAGACGGGCUACGUGACGCCGGGCAAGCAGCUGUCGGAGGUCCGGGUGCUGUUUAUGGGCCGGGAGUGCUUCGAGGCCCUGUCCGAGCACGACUGCCAGCAGAUCUACGACAACCACCAGCGCGAGCUGAUCGAAACGGCCAAGCACAACUUCCAGGAGCUGCUGAUGGAGCACGCCGAUCUGUUCUAUCACUUCAAGAACAUCGAACCGUCGGGCACGAUCACGCAGAACGACAUCAAGGAGAUCACGGACGUGCUGCAGGAGGAUCUGCGCUACAAGCUGCUCGACCGGCUCGACCAGGACCGGAAGCUGAUGCUGUUCCAGCAUCUCGGCUUCGUCCACUGCCCGAUCCGGGAGCACUGCCCAGCGUUUCCCAACUGCGUCGAUGCGCUGAUCGAGCGGAUACUGCUGGCGAAUCAAACGUUACCGAAUCCACGGUUCGCCCAGAAGGACGGCCAGCUGCAGCUGAACCUGAUCGUGAUCGGGCUCGACUACAUCGCGAACGAUUUCAUCGACAAGAUACACCAGAACUGCAACGAUAACGGCGAGUACAUCGUGGACGGGCAGGUGUACGGGCUGAACAUUGAGACGAUCAACCGGGACAACGAUUCGUUCUCGUUCGAGCUGCAAUCGAAGGGGCUGAUCUGUUGCUACUCGAACCGUGCCACGUUCCAGUACGUGUACGAGGUGCUCGACCGGCUGCUGGCCGACAGUCUCGAUUUCAAGGACAGCGUCAACAAUCUGCACAUCGUGUUCAUGAGCGACGACAAGAACGGCCCGGGUACGCUGCACCAGCUGCAGGCGGACGGGCAGUCACUGGCGGAGAAGCUGCACUGCGUCUUUAUCGACGAGAACGAGUUCUACGUGUCGCAGCAGCAGGCCAAGUUCGUCGACACCACGCUGAACAGCGUGAUUGACUCGAUACCGUUCGACGAUCUCAAGUACGGGCUAGCGCUGCACGAUCUGCCCGAUCUGCGGCUGAUCCUGUGCCUGUUCUGCGGUGAUCCGUUCUCGAUCGAGAACCUGCUCAGCUCGCUGAUGCUCGAGCAGUCGUGCGUGAGUGCGGGCGAGCGGAACAUCCUGUUCGAGAUGUUUCUCGGCGAUUCGAAGCGGCGCGUCGAGCUGAUCCUGUCGUCGUACCACGGGGCGAACGCGUUCCGGGACGAUCUUAUCCACGGGUUCAUUCUGCUGUACUCGAGCAAGCGCAAGGCGUCCCUGUCCACGCUCAGUGCCUUCUCGCUCAACAUCCCGAACCUGCCGAUGCAGAUCGUGGCGGUGGCGGAGCAGGGUGGGGUGAAUGCGUUCUUCAACAGUGAGCUGUCGCAGCUGCUGAUCACGGAGGGGAACGCGAUUGCGGACAAGCUGCGGGCACACUUUGCUACCGGUUCGGACGAUGAAGGGCAGUUUCGGUUUGCUUCGUUUGCGCCGUUCCUGAAGGAGGUGUGGGACAAGAAGCCGGAAAUUGAGCACGCAUUCAACAUGGAGGAACCGCUGACCAUCGAUUCGGGCGAGGGUACGAUGGAGCACUCGAUGCAUCAUCAUCAUCAUCCGCAGCAUCAGCAGCAGCACCAGCAGCAGCACCAGCAGCAGCAUCAGCAGCAGCAACAGGUCCCGCAACCUCCGCCACGUUACGAGAGCUACCUCAUAAAUGGCUCGUCGACAACGUAUCGUGGUGCGGGACAGCACGGUCACGCGCACCACGGCCAGGGUCAGCUGGGGCAGCAUCAGCAGAAGCAGAUGUCACAGCAGCUGUUUGAUAAUCGUUCGAUUAACUCGCUCGAUGAUUUUGACAGCUUAAAGCAGAUGCACGGCGGUCAACAUGGUGGGCAACUGUCGCAACAUGGUGGACAACAACAACAUCCGCAGCAGCAGCAACAACAUCCGCAGCAACAACAUCCGCAGCAACAGCAGCAGCAGUACAACAACAUGUACUACUACGAGGACAGCAGCGACUUUGACAAGGGCGGCAGCAACCAGGGCUUCCAGAUCUAUCCGCCGCCGACGACGCCACCGGAACCGGCACCACCGGACCACCUGCUGACGCCCUCGUCCAUCCUGCGCCAGCUCAAGGCGAACACGGUGUCGCAGUCGCAGUCGAGCCUGGAGGAGAUCAACUCAGCCGACGUCAGUGGAUCCAAGGACUCGAUCAACACCUACGAUUCAGGCUGGCUAGAUGACGGGUUCCUCAUACCGAAGCAGGACAACAAGCAGAGCGAAGACCUGUGGAAGAACGUGAACGCACACCACGCCUUCACGACCGGCCGGCGACCGAACCAGUCAUCGUUUGCCAAGAAGAUCCGCCCGAAGGGCCCGAGCCAGACGCUCAAGCAACCGGGCAAGCUGAACCUCAAGAGUUUCGCCAUCGUCAACGAAGCGAUCGCACGGAUGAACGUGAGUGGUGGUGGUGGUGGUGCCGGUGGUCCCGGUGGGGACAGUGGUGGCUCCGGUGGGAUGGUCAUAGGGCCGGCCAUUCCGAUGACCGAGAAGGAGAAGAAAAAAGCGAAAAAGCUGCAGCAGCAGCAGCAACAGCAGCAGCAGCUGGAGCAUGCACCGUUGGCCGCACCGGAGGACGACAGCGAGGAGUAUGACGAUGAGGCCGGCUACGAGCAGAUCAACGAUGCGUUCAGCGAUGCGGUCAACAAUGUGGCGAGUCAAUUAUUCACCUUCUCGAGUGGUGGUGGUGGUGGUGGUGCGGGCCGUGCCCCGGAUGGUGGUGCGGCGGUCGGUGUACCGGCGGGCCACGACCUGAUGGGCACCAACAAAAACAAGCUGCGUCAGCGCAGAGAAAAGGAACAAAUUUUCAACAUUCCAGAGUACUCCGACUCCGAGAGUGACUCCAGCUCGCUGGAGCGCAAACGCUCAACGGAUGGAUACUCGAAAAUCAACCGGAAGGCGCAACCACACAAGCGACACCGCAAGAAGCGCACCGCGAUUCCGGUGCAGCCACCGAAAAUACCGAUGGGCCCGUUCGGUGGUUCGGUUUCCGUACCGUCAGCGGUUGGCGAGGGUGCAUCGACCGGUCCGGGUGGUAUGCUGAUCGGUGCCGGCGGUGGCGGCGGUGGCGGGCCACUCGGUAUGCCCUCGAUGAUGUACCAGAAGCUGAAGAAUGAUAAAAACACCGACAAGCAGGACCAGCAGCAGCAGCAGCAGCAGGACGAGUCGAGCAUUGAUGUUUCGUCACCGCGCGACAACAAUUCACCGAUCUUCGGUGUGUUGCCAAAAUCGGGCGAGCGCGAGAAGCUGCUGCCGAAGCAGAAGAACUGGUUCGGCAAGGAAAUCGACCCGAACAGCAAGAGCAGCAAGGAGUCGAAGGAAGCGGCGCGCAGUGCAGCGAAAGCCGGUGGUAAACUGUCGAAGAGUGCUGCGGCAGCCGCAGCCGCGGCCGCCGCCGCCGCCGCUCAGCAACCGUCGCUCGCCAGCUUCAAGCAGUCGGACAAGAACCUGGUGCCGCUGUUCGUCGAGAAGUGUGUCAAGUUUAUCGAACAGGAGGGGCUCGACUCCGAGGGUAUCUACCGGGUGCCCGGGAACCGUACGCACGUUGAUUUGCUUUACCAGAAGUUUGAAGAAGAGGUGGACGUCGACAUCGAGCAGCUGGACAUCCCGGUGAAUGCCGUUGCGACGGCGCUGAAAGACUUCUUCGCCAAACGGCUCCCGGCACUGUUCAGCGCGGAGAUGAUGAGCGAACUGGAGGAGAUUGCCGGCUCCCGGCCGCUCCAGUCCAUCACCAGCCUCAGCAUGGAGGUGAAGACCGACCGGAGCUGCCGGUUGAUUGCGCUGCGCGGUCUGCUGAACAAGCUGCCACCGAGCAACUUUGCGAUCCUCAGCUUCAUCUUCCAGCAUUUUGUGCGGGUGUCGGAAAACUCGAAGCUCAACAGCAUGGACAGCAAGAAUCUGGCGAUCUGCUGGUGGCCGACGCUGCUACCGAUCGAGUUCACCGAUAUGAUGCGCUUCGAAACGAUGCGCCCCUACCUGGAGGACAUCGUGCAGACGAUGAUCGACCAGUUUCCCUUCCUGUUCUGCGGCGAGGAAGCAUUCGUGAUGGUUUGAUGCGGGUAAAGGCGGGGCAGCGGGGCAGCGGGGCAGCGCGGGGGCUAGCUGGGCCCCGAUUAACCGAACCCGACCGACUGACCGCCGACUGACCGCCGAAUGACACGCCACUGUGAAUGGAAGGGAGGAAUGGCCUCGAAGCGGGAGCGUAGUUUGUUGCAGCUUUAUAUCCCUCCUAAAUGCCGUGGAAAAGUCAUGUUGCGCGCCACAAGGUUGUACAACGGGCGUCUUGGGGUGAGUUGGGUGUGUUGUGGCUGUGUGCGUGCGCCGGGUGGGUGGGUGGGUGGGUGUGCAGGUGCGGGUGCGCAAAGGAUAUUAUCCCCCCAUGCAACAAAAAAAAAAACACCCAUACCCUUUCGUUCGAAUUUGAACCUUUUUUUUUUGCCGGUGUUAUUAGAUAUUUCUGGCAUAUUCGGCUGGCUGCUUCGGUUAAAACUGCUUCUCACGAAUCUCAGCUACACAUGGAGCAUGGAAGCUUUGCCAUCGACGCGCGUCGAUAUUUGGACCGCAAAGGGUGGCACCUAAGGGUGAAGACAAAUGGCAGGUUUAAAACCAACCAAAAACAAGAAGAAAAAAAAACAAAUUAUUGAUGGACAUGGCAUCUAGGAAUAGCAUUCACCCACCCACCCACAGCAGCAGCACUUUUCUCACUCGCAUUGGCGGUGCGCUGGUGCGUACUACACUAUAACAAAUACACUUAUAAAGUUAGUUAGGAAUAGAUAAUGCACCAAUUUGCCAAGACAGCAAUGUUCCGCACGCAGCCGUCGCAGAGGGUGAAGUUGGUGAUGAUGAACGUACGGUAGGCGAAAAAGCGAAAACCAAUUCCUAGGAGUAAAGCAAAACAACCACAACACGCUACACACAUAUUUUACACUUGUUUGUUGGUUUUUUUUUUGUAAUUUUUUUUUUGUGAAUUGUAAACUAGUAUUAUACAUAAUAAGUUGCCCAAGAUAUACUAUCCCUCACUAAGCAAAAGAAGAAGAAGAAGAAGAAAAACAACUCCAUCUGUUUAUAGUUUUAAAUACCAAUAUGUUGGGCAAUACUACAUAAAUAAUAUUACAAUAUUGCGUAUAUACAUAUAUUUUUUUAAGAACGAACAAAACUCGAACGAACUAUUGCUUUACAUCAACAAGUGGCUCAAUUUGUGAAAUUGUAACCUAUUCCGUGACAUAUGUGAGAUUAAGCGUAAUAUAAAUUAAUUCACUAGUAUAUACACACAUACACACCAGACACCCUCAAAUCACAGACACAUACACAUAAAUGCUCUCCCACGCCGGCCCAGAACCGGAAAGCUACCUGUGCGGUCCGAUCGUGCGUUACUGUUGGGUUAUGAUUUCAGCACAGCAUACAAUGCACUCCCAACCCGGUAUGGUUCGGGUACGAUACUUUUCCUUUUUUUUUUGUUUUUUUUUUUAUUUUAAACGAAGGACCCCGCGGGCAAUUCCGUCGAAGGACAAUUCCGUCAACACGAACAAAAACCAAGAUGUCAAUCGUGAGGAUCAGUAGCAAGUGCAAGUAGUAGGGGGUAGUGGGGGGCGCUUAGAGUACGUGAAGGAACGCGAACGGAAUACGCACCAAGCAAGCGCAAGCGUGCAAGUAUGUGUGUAUGGUGCCCUCCGUUGGCGAGUAGGAAUUUGUUAAGACCCCAGGAAUCAGGAUGCCGGGGUGUGUGUGUGUGUGUGUGUGUGAUUGUGAUUGUGACCACCCUGUAUUAUUAACCACCCUUAUUAGCGGGGCCCUGGUAGGCAGACGGGGGACGGAACGGAACGGGACGGGAUGGGAUAUUAAAAAAGAAAAAAACACUCACACCCCCUCCGAUAGCGAAUGAUAUUCACAAGGCAAAAGGCAAAAUCUCACUCUCAUACACAUCAUCCUACCGAAAAGAAAGCAGAAAGAAGAAAGAAGAAAAACAGCGCUGCUAAGAAAGGGUAACGAGUGCGAAGCGAAACGAAAAACAGAAGGAAAAAAAAAGCAAAAAGGUAAAACAGUAUUUCCGUAUUUAUCUUCCCAACGGGCCACUGAUGGCCAGGUGGCAGGUGGCAGUGGAUGAGAACAAAGGGGGCGCCCUCGCUUUAGUAUAUUUAAUUCUAUUGCGACGAUAGAGCAGCGCUCGGUCUCACACACAUGCGUGCGCACACAGGACACGCAUAACCUAGCAUAACAAACGGGCCCCAGAAGGAUUUCAACGAAACGAGCGGGUUGGCGGGGUGGUACGUAGAGAUGGAGGGCUCCCCCAAAAAAAAAAAACCACAAAGCAAACAAAAAGUAUUAAAAGGAAGAAUGGAAAAAACAAAACCGAAACAAAAAAAAUUAAAACCGUGGAAUGCUAUGUCUAUUUGUGUAACCCCAAGCAAGCCCGCCCGCGCUCAGUUCCUGGGACGGAAAGCGGAACAAUAGAAGCAAACUAACAGACACAACUGGAGAGAGAGAGACACAUACACUGACAAAACAACAACACAAAAAAAACACACACCCAUCGUAGCAGAAAUGUGCCACCCACGCCACAUCUUUCCUCUUGCCCCAGUUCCCGGUUUUAAAGGCCCCCCCCUCCCCCCUCGGGUUCGCGCAUUGUAUGUCUAUCGAAUACGCCGCAAGCAAAGUAUCUUCUGUUUUCCGUUUUUCGUCUACGCUUCAAUGUGGUGAUUGCAUGCAUUUACCCGCUCGCGCGCGCACGCGCACACACUAGGAAUACGUCUAUUAGCAAUGGAAGGUGGGGGGGGGGGGGGUGGAGUCUAUUAGCGCGAACAGCGAACCAUGGCAUGGCGAACCGGGUCCCGCCCCCCCCCCUGGGGUAGUACAUAAAAAAGAUUUAAGAUUAAAGAUGGAUGCGGUGCGGAGCGACAGAAAGACAGCAGAUAGGAGUCAGCAGGAGAGAGGGGGGGGGGGGGGGAGAGAAAAUGCGAUAGAAGUUACUGGAGUUCUGAGGUGAGAAUUUGAGAAAGAAGGAAAAAGCGGACAGCGAAAGGCUCGGUGUCCUGCCAAGCUCCGCGAAAAAAACAAUUAUGUGGUGAUAUAAACGUAAACAAAACAAAACAAAACAAAAAAACAACUAUAAAUGGAUAUACAUGUGUGUACUCUUGCUGCGCUAGUAGUGGUUUUGUUUUUUUUGUUUUUGUUUGUUUUUAGUUGUUAGCGGAUCGGUUCGGUUCCUUCUCCCGUGGCCUCUUUCUCUCGUGCGCGCGCGCGCGCGCGCUUUACCAUUUUAGAAACCACCGAUUAGUCUCCUCAUCCCACCUCCCGUUGCCCUCUUCUCUCUUUAAUUACCCUUAAUUCCUAAUGAUCGGUCAAUGACUCACUGGAAAUUUCCCAUCUCGCCAAGCGGGUUCUCGCUUUCGGUUCGUUGCAGUCCCCGGAGACCUUACCACCGUACCAUCCCCCGUGAUUACUGAACUCUCUCUCUCUCUCUCUCUCUCUCUCUCUCUCUCUCUCUCUUUAUUAACCCCGUGUAACGUGUACCGUGUUAUUUCUGUGCCAUGCCAUCCGGAUGCUAUCCACCCAGUGGUCUUCUUUACAUAACCGGUGCCGUGAUCAUAUCCUAACCUCAUCUCCAUCCCACCAUUUUGUUUUUUUUUUUUAAUGAAAACCCCGAGAGACGCUGAAAAAAAGCUAGCGAAGCAAAUGCGAUGGCGCGAGUAAAAGCGAAACGAAGAACGAAGGAACGAGGCGACAUGGGUUUGCCACGUGGCUCAGCUCGCCAUUUGUAGUCGCGAACGGGGCGCGAGAGUGACUUAGGUAAGCAAGCAAGCAAGCAAAAAAAAAAAAAAGAAAACAUCGAUGUGAUCCCGUGCCCCGCGAGGGAGAAAGGGGUUAGGGUGAAAAGAAGCAGAGGGAAAAGGGGGAGGGGGGGAGGGGGAGAGAAAGAGAAAAAACGCAAAACGAGGAAAAUGCUGAGCAAGUCGAGCAGCAGUAAGGGACGGUGGAACUAUUUUAACGCUUAAAUAAUACUCCAUUAUAUAAAACAAAAACUACAAAAAAAAAAACAAAACAAAACAAAUGAAAACUCCACU